CACGGAGUUAAAAUCGGGUGGUGUUUGUGUGGGUCGCGCUUCCGUGGAGUCUGGAAACUCUUGGAAGGCGUUGUGUUUCUGAAACAUAAGUUGUGAUACUGCUAAGAAGAAUAAAAACAAAAAUAGUGAAGAAGUAAAAGCAAUGUCACUAACAAAUCUUAGUGAUAAAGAAGAGGAACAAGUUUCCCGUCCUGACACUCCAGUGAGUAGUGCAAGUGAUGACUCGUUCCAUUCUGCAGACAAUGAUGACAGUAGCCCUGCACAAGAAGGAGAGAAAAGUCAAGCCUCUACCAGAGAAUGUUCUGAUGGAGGAAGUGAAUCUUCAGAUGAGUUGUGUCCAGACAUUCCCAUGACAGAGCCAGAUUGUCAAGAAAAGAGCAAAAGUGAUGCGAGCCUUACACCUGACACAAAGUCGGGGGAAUCAGAGAGCCUGGAAGAUUUUGGAAUCAAGGCAGACAAGGAAGAGGAAGAGGAAGAGGAGGAUUUUGUAGAUGAGGAAUAUUUAAAGGAUCUUGAGCUCAGUUUGACAGAAGAAGAAAAAGAAGAGAAGAAAAAAGAAAGCUUAAUACAUAAAGAAAAAGGUAACUCAAGUUUUAAGGCAGGACAAUAUGAGGAAGCUGUUAGUUCAUAUACAGUGGGACUAAGAAUAUGCCCGAUAUCAUUCCCAAGGGAACGUUCAGUAUUGUAUGCCAACAGAGCAGCAGCACGGUCAAAAAUAGAUAAGAAAAAGGAAGCAAUUAAGGACUGUACAAAUGCAAUUGAUUUAGAUAGCACAUAUCUUAAGGCGAUUUUACGACGUGCAACACUAAAUGAAGAAACGGAACAGCUGGAUGAGGCGCUGAAAGAUUUCCAGCGUGUGCUUGAAUUAGAUCCAAGCCAUGUAGAGGCUCAAAGAGCUGUCAGAAGAUUGCCAUCGCUUAUUGAUGAAAGGAAUGAGAAGCUGAAAGAGGAGAUGUUGGGUAAACUGAAGGAUUUGGGCAACAUGUUUCUACGGCCAUUUGGGCUUUCUACAAACAACUUUCAGCUCCAGCAAGACCCAAACACUGGAGGAUAUAACAUCAGUUUUCAACAGAAUGAACCAAAGUCACAAUAGCUAGUAGGACUAAUAUAGAAAUAUUACAAUGCCUUAAUGUAUUAAUUGUGUGUACAUGUACUUACAUUGGAUAUUUUUAUGACUAUAGUUUCCAUAGCACUGUGUGUGAGAAAGAUUUGUCUGUGUAUGUUAUUUUAUCAGAAAUUACAAGCUUCAUGAUGUUAGACAGGGUUAUGUUUCUCUUAUUGCCAUUCAGUACAUAUCUUUUGUAGCAGGUUUUGAAGCUGUCCUAGUGAAAUGACAUUAUUGGCUUCAAUCUGAGAUUCUUUAUAAAAGCAUAGCUGCUUUUGUGCAACUCUGUUACUAUAAUGGGCAUCUUAAUGUGCCACAACUUGCAACACCAUCUUUGCUAGUCUUUUUUACUCUUAAAAUAGGGAUGCAAUAUAAUCUUUUGAAUGUAAAGUGAUGUACCAAGAAUUGGAAAGAGAAAAAAUAAUUUUGUUUUUGCAUGUAGGAUUUAUGUUUGUAAUGUGACAAAAUUUUGGGUUGAUUGGACAAAGUAUUAGUCAUACUGUGUUGGGUGUUCUACCACAGUUUUUAAUUUUCAUUCUAUGGCUUUAAUAUAAAUAUCAAACAUUGCUGCCCCAAGAGUUAUGACUGUUAGUUUAAAACUAUAAUUUAAUUAAUUCAAAUGGAUGUUAGUAUAAAGUCAGGUUUACAUGAGGGACAGCUACAAGGUCAAACUUUGUCAAUGGAUCAUGUUCUAGUUCACACAUUUAGCAGGUAUACAAGAGGAUAUCAUAGGUGUGGACACUGUAGUAGUGGCCAAAACCAACUAGUUUGGUAUUGUUGAUCUGUUAACUCUUGGAUGCCAGGAGAGCAUAUACAUACAUGUCAUGCUGUGUUUGAUUUUAGUUCAUUAAUUUUGUUUACAUAUAGAUGGCUCCACAAGUACUUAGUGUUACCAAGGAGUCAGUUACUGGGCCUACCUAUUCUCACCUGUUUACCUAUUUCCAUUUUUUUUUUCUUUUUUUCUGAAAUUAAAAAAAAAUCUUCAUAUUAGUAAUAACAGUAUAAUUAUUGUAAUGAUAAGAGGUGAGAUCUAGUAACUUACUCUCGAUGGAGCCAUCAAUGUGUAAACAAAAUUCAUAAAACUAAACUACAGAGAACAGUGCACUUCCUCAGCACCAUUGGGUUAACACUGUUUAAGAGGUGAGGAAUAUAUAUGCUCCAGCAGCUGGUGCCUGUGUAAGUUGUCCCUUGUAUGGACAUGGCUUUAUAGGAUGCUCUUUUGAAUGUAUAAAGAAAUAGACUGCAAUAAAAACUUCUUAAAUAAAAUAAAAUGAAAUAAAUAGUGUUAA